AUGGAUAAAGUCCUGUCUCUCUCCAAGCGCCGGGGUUUCGUUUUCCAGUCCAGCGAAGUGUACGGCGGUCUCGGAUCUACCUGGGACUACGGCCCUCUGGGCGUCGAGCUCAAGCGCAGCGUCAAGGAGGCGUGGUGGCGUUCCGUCGUCUCCGAGCGCGACGACGUGGUGGGCCUGGACGCCGCCAUCCUGAUGCAUCCCCGGGUUUGGGAAGCCAGCGGUCACGUGGAGAACUUCAGCGACCCGCUGGUCGAGUGUCGCCAAUGCCACCGCCGCUUCCGGCAGGAUCAGCUCGAAACCGACGCGUGUCCCGAAUGCGGCGGUGACUUCACCGAACCGCGCCGCUUCAACCUCAUGUUCCGUACCUUCAUGGGCCCGGUCGAAGACUCCAGCAACGAGGUGUUCCUGCGGCCCGAAACCGCUCAGGGCAUCUUCGUCAACUUCCAGAACGUCCAGACCGCCACCCGCAAGAAGCUGCCCUUCGGCAUCGCCCAGAUCGGCAAGGCCUUCCGUAACGAGAUCACCCCCGGCAACUUCACCUUCCGCACGCGCGAGUUCGAGCAGAUGGAGAUCGAGUUCUUCGUCAAGCCCGGCUCGGACGACGAAUGGCUGCAACAAUGGGUGCGCGCCCGUUUCGACUGGUAUGUGAACUACGGUAUCCGCCCCGGCAACCUUCGCCUGCGCGAACACUGCCGGCGAUGA